AUGAAACCUGAGUCGGUUGAUUUGGACAAGUUGGUGAAUCUGCAAUCAGAUCGUCACCAAGCUCUCAGGCUGGACCAAGUGGAGGAAUUACGAAACGCUUUUCGGGAGACGCACUCGGUGAUCGUUAAUUUGGAUGGAUUUAGUGAUUCAAGUUACGCCACGAAUAAUUUCCAAUCAGAAUUCGAGGAGCGUUAUAUGGACGCUUAUUGCGCUCUCGCCGAAGACUUCGACAGGCUUGGACCAGAAAAUACUACGCCGACAGCAGCUGCCGGGAACGCCGACCCGGAGUUGCGAGUAAACAUGCCGCAAAUGUCGGUGCCUAAAUUUUCCGGUGCGUGUGUGGACUGGCCAGGCUACUACGACGCCUUCACAAGUCUAAUUCAUAACAACAACAAUUUGAGCAAUGUCCAAAGAUUGCACUUUCUCAAGGAGUCGUUGCCCAUCAGUCGUGAUAAUGACAUUCGUCAGAUGCAGCUCACGGAUGUAAAUUAUGCAGUGGCUUGGGGAAUGAUGAUCAAAAGGUACAACAAUCCUCGUCUCGUUUUCUCACACCAUAUGAAGGCAAUCUAUGCGCUGCCCAGAUUGCAAAAGGACAGCACCGACUCUCUGCGGUCGAUGCUAAGCACGGUCAAUGUUUGCCUAGCUGCCUUCCGCCGCGUUCAAGCCUUGGGCGGGGAAUCGCAGCACUGGUUGGUGCAUUACUUAGCAUCGAAGCUGCCCAAGGCGACCCACAACGCUUGGGAGCACCACCAAGGUAGCUCUUCAACGGUUCCAUCCUAUAGGGACUUGGAAUCAUUUCUGAACGAUCGACUAGUCAUAAUGGAUGCGAUUGAGAAUCGAAGCUCGUCGUACGACUCCAAUGCUGGCCCAGAUGUUGAUUCCGCAUAUGUGCUCAAUUCCGUAACAUCCGGCCUCCCCAGUCUCAGCUUCUCGCCGAAGCGAUGGGAUCACAUCCAAGGGCUCCCGUUGGCUGAUCCAAGUUAUUACAGAUCGAAACGAGUUGAUCUCAUCUUGGGAGUGGACCUGUUGGCACAAAUCAUGUUGCCAGACACGAAGAUUGGAUUGCCCGACGAACCCAUAGCCCGUUUGGGAUGGAUACUAUCGGGGCGAGCAGAAGGAGUUACAAAAUCUUCCGAACUACGCUGUCAUCGAGUAACUUUGGACACGGAGUCAUUGCUCAAACGAUUUUGUGAAGUCGAGUCGGUUCCUGAUCGUUCUACGGAAACGGAGGAGGAUACAUGGCGUCUGUCGAACAACCCGGGGCGGUGGAACAAAUAUGUGGAGGAGAUCGAGGAGUACUUUUCGCUUGAGCAAAUAGCGCCUGCUGUGGGCAGUGAGAGCAGUCUAAUGAAGCGCACAUCUUCGAAUAUACAUGUAGCUUCAUGCGUGCAUCCGCACCAUGCGGUCUUCAAGGAGGAACUCCAUUCGACCAAACAAAGAAUCGUAUUCGAUGCCUCCUCAAGAACUAGUAACGGGAGAUCAUUGAACGAUAUACUUUGUAUCGGACCCACUUUGCAGAACGACAUGUCAUCGGUUAUACUCAACUGGCGGAAAUAUCGUUUUGUUUUCACGGCGGAUAUACAGAAGAUGUAUCGCUGCAUAGAUGUUCACCCAGAAGACGCCCAAUUUCAGCGGAUUUUAUGGCGGGCGGCGGAUGGAGCCAUCAAUGUUUUUGCGUUAUCGACAUUGACCUUUGAGACGGCUUCAGCACCGUUCACAGCUAUCAGAGUUAUUCAACAUCUGGCAAAGGAUGAGCAGCUUUCAUUUCCUAUGGCCGAGGAGGUGCUGAUGAACGAAAUAUAUGUAGACGACAUUCUUUCUGGAGGACAUACUAUAGAGGAGGCAGAGGAUAAACGGUUGCAGGUAUCGGGUGCUAUAAAAUCCGCGCGAAAGUGGGCCAGCAACGAUUCGAGACUUUUGCUCUCGAUUCCGUCAGAGUACCAUUGCACUCAGACCCUGUUAAGUUGGGACACUACAGAUCCCAUAAAGGCUUUAGGAAUGUAUUGGCUCCCAAACAAGGACUGUUUUAAAUACCAGAUCAACUUCGGGAUGCCAGUCAGCUCCACAAAGAGGAUGAUCCUAUCCAGUAUAGCAAGGUUGUUUGUCCCGCUGGGUCUCAUUGCGCCGGUCAUCAUCUCGGGAAAACUUAUAUUGAAGGAGGUUACCAUGGCCAAGACAAAGCAGGCAGAUGGCACGCAGACGGUUGUGGACUGGGACGACGCGGUUCCUGAUAAUAUCGCAGAGCGAGAUAAGCAUAGAUCGGUGGAUCCAUUACACCCCAUCUUCAAUAUCCUCAGUGCAGAUGCAUGCAUUUUGCGACGGAUCUUCCACAUCUUAUGCAGCCGCUGUGUACCUAAGAAUAGAGCAUCAGGACGGAAGAUGCUAUUCAUCUCUGAUGGCUGCAAAAUCAAAGAGUUAAGUGGAGCGGUAUUGGCCAUCAAAUUGGUGAGGUGGCUAACUAUGGCUAAGUUUCUGAGCUCCUUUCUGGUCCAGACUUUCUAUUUUACGGAUGCUACAAUUGUGCUGCACUGGUUGCAUGGAGACGUCAAUAAAUGGAAGACCUUUGUUGCGAAUAGAGUCGCCUUCGUUUUGGAUCAUUCCUCGCCAAUUCAGUGGAGGCACGUUAGCACUACCGAGAAUCCAGCGGAUUGCGCUACACGCGGUCUCACUCCCAUCGAGCUAAAGGACUUCGAGCUGUGGUGGCGAGGGCCAGAGUGGCUCGUACGCAAUCAAGACUGUUGGCCAUCGACAGAGUUCGGUCAAAUUGGCAUUAACGACGCCGCUUUAGAGGCAAGGGUGGCAAAAAUGCGAGUUCACCAUGCAGUCCCGCAGCCGUCGUUUCUUGAGAGAUUUUCAACACUCAGCCAGGCUUUACGAGUCACAGGCUACAUCAUGCGCGUCCGGCAAGCCGUCGUGCGUAUCGUACAGCGCGAAUCGUUCGCAACCGACUUGUCUGCAGUAAGGAACUCCAAACGGUUGCCCUCGCGGAGCAAAUUAUUAAAUUUGUCGCCGAUAUUAGAGGAAGGCAUCUUGCGGGUGAGGGGACGACUUCGCCAUUCUAGUUUGUCGCACGAACGUCGUCAUCCGAUAAUCCUGCCAAGCUCUCAUCAUUUCACCGAAUUAGUAAUACGUCACUCUCACUGUCUAACCCUGCACGGAGGCGCGCAGUUGACUUUGGCACACGCGCGUCAGCGUUUUUGGAUCCUGACAGGACGGCAAGCAGUUCGAAGGGUCAUACGCUUCAGAACGCGACCAACUACUACGGCUCAGCUUAUGGGAGACUUGCCCGUUCAUCGAGUCAACCCUCCUAGUCGACCAUUCAUUGCCACUGGUGUCGACUACACAGGCGCAAUAGAGAUUAAAGCAGCGCGUCUACGAUACAUCGCUGUGUUCAUUUGUCUCGCAACCAAGGCGGUGCAUUUGGAGGCGGUGACAGGUCUCACCCCGGAACAUUUUUUACUGGCUCUGGACAGGUUCACCGGGCGACGAGGAAUGGUUCAGCAUCUUUACAGUGACAACGGUACCAACUUUGUUGGUGCAGACAAUCGCAUAACAUGGCACUUCAAUCCUCCUCUGUCACCUAACUUUGGUGGGCUUUGGGAGGCCAAUGUAAAGUCGGUUAAACACCAUCUAAAGAGAGUCAUUGCAGAUCGUCGGCUUACCUACGAAGAGUUGUCGUCGGUGCUCGUAAGCAUAGAAGCGUGUCUCAACUCAAGGCCGCCUUGUCCUCUCACGGCUGACCCGGACGAUCUAGAAGUGCUCACCCCAGCGCACUUCCUCAUCGGAGACUCAAUGCUGGCGCCGCCGGAAUAUCAACCACAAUCCAGAUCCUUCGCAGAGCAGUUCCUCAUCCAGCAGACGAUGAUACGACAUUUCUGGAAGGCUUGGAGUCGUGACUGGUUAGCGCAUCUUCAGCAAAGGCCAAAGUGGUGUUAG